GUCAAUAUUCAACUUCCCCACAAAGGCAGAUUAGUUGUGAUUUCUCAAAGGCGGAAGGAAUCACCCCAAACUGUUCAGGAGUUUCUACUGCAUUUGUCAGCAGGGGUCUUCGAAUACCUGGCUGGCUGGCGCAAUCUACAUUCACGCAGGGGAACGAAAAGCGAUUGACUCAAACACGAAAUGGUGGAAGAUCUCAUGGCCAGCAGCCCUGCUCCAUUGCCUACUUACAGCUUUUUCUGAGUGCAGAUGGUUUUGACAGUUUGGUUUGGUCGCUCGCCUCUGCUUUUUCCUCCAACCACCACCUGAGCAGAAACGCGAAUCGUUUGCAGACACUCGGAGAUUAAGAAAGUUGCAGAGGCUGCAGGGUUCUUUCCCGAUGAGAUGAGCUGGACCCGAGGUUCCCUGAUGGCUGUGCUCUCCAGCUGCUGGCUGCAAGCUUUACUACAAACAGCGGCCGCUGCAGCAAUGCCCAGAGUGGUCAAAGGGAGAGUUAAUAGCAGCAUAUUCCUGGAAGUGUCAUUCGCCAAUAUCACUGACCAGGUCGACACGGUAGAGUGGAAGUAUGUGAGCCCCAAUACCCGACGCUCUAUCGUCCAGUUAAUGUCAGAGGAAGAGAAAUGGAACACCCAUUGGUUCAGCGGCUACUCACAGCGGGCACGAAUCUACCCGAACCAUUCCCUCUCCAUCCAGAAUGUGACUCUGAAUGAUUCCGGGACAUAUUCCUGCACAGUGACAGAUUGGAAUGGAGACGAGUUCACCGAGGACGUUGUCGUGACCGUGAUCGGUGAAAUACAGAUAUAUAACGGUUGGAACACAACUGGAGUCUUUAACCUGACUUUCAUGAAAGCUAAUGAAACCAAUGAUUACAAGGUUUUUGAAAAUUAUGGUUUGAUAGCUGCCUUAUCUGGAACAGGAGCAUUAAUCAUCAUAGCUAUUUUCACAUGGGCUGUUGUGGGACAUUGCAGGAGAAGGUCAAGAAGGCAAGGUAAAACAACGAAGGAUAAACAAUCUCAUAAAGAUAGAAACAAUGAAAGUGAUGACAUCUAUGAAAACAUGGGCAGGGUACCACAAUAAAUGUGGUCGUAGACACAAGACAUUUAAAAACUGUCAUGACCUCAGUUGUGCCAAAGUGAUCAAUUAUUUUGUCCCCUUGAUCAAUAGAGGAACACAAAUUUUUAAUGUUUUUCUAAAUACUCCUGCUGUAACUCUGGUGAGAAUGUGGGUAAGCCUACAAACUAAGUUGAUAGUACGAGCGGUGCCAUAUAUCAGGAAUUCAGGUAGCCCUGAUUUGGUGUGAAGCUUCUGUCUUAUGUGAAUAAAGACACUGGCACAGAGACAGUGAGCACUCCACUCACUUGUUCUUGUAACUCUGGCCUCUGAGAAACAUAGUCUCUCUUUGGAAGCCAGGGUGCCAAGAAGAUUGGGGCAUGUGAUUUUUGACGUAUUUAAAUGCCUUUUUUGGGAGGGAAAACAGCUCAGGCACCAAGGUUUCAAUUUCCAGUCCCUUCCAAUAGCCUGAUAUGUAUUCCUGGAGGUACUUGUUUCGACUUUAUAGUUGAUGCAUCUUUGCAGUGACUCCUUACAAUGCAACAGCAUCUGGGUCAGAGAAGCAGCAGUGAACUUCCUCCUGGCAUAAUUGUCAAUAAUGCCGAUUGAUCAUUUCAGCAUUUAAACAUGCAAUUUGGCCUCCAGUUUUAUAUGUUGUCCAGAUGUAUUUGAACUGGUUCCUUUGUUGUUUUAUUAACCAUUGAGAAAAGAAAACUUGAAUCAUAGAAUUCGGCAGUAUGGAAGGAAGAGUCCAUCAUGCAUCUGCUCAUCUACUCAAAGAGGAUCCACUCGCUUGCUCUCUUCCCAUAUCCUAGUACUUCCUCUUAAAAGAUAAUGUACACCUAGUUCCUGAUAUUAGUAGAAUACCUAACAAUUCUCCAUUGAAAAUCCUAAUCUUCAGACUUUUGAACACCUGUUCAAGUCCCUCUUUAUCUUUCUUCCACUAAUUAGAAAAGCCCAGUUUCUCAAACCUUGUAUUACUUUGUUACCUGAAUGAACCUUCUUGGAAUGGAAAUUGGAGACAAUAUUCUGUAGCCUAACCAAUGAUUCAGGUAGUGAUACCUCUUUGUUUAUGUACUAUGUUUGAAAUUGCAAAACCUGAGAUACCAAAUGUUUGUUUGAUGAUAAAAUGGCCAAUUUGAUCUUCCAUUUUAAAUGAUCUGUAUAACUGUUCAUUUAGCAUUAAUGUUUUAGCAUUUAUUUUCUUUUUUGUCAUUUUCUAUGUUUAUAAUUCACCUUUUUUCUUCAAAAAUGUAUCACUUUAUAUUUUGCCCUCUUAUAUUUCAUGCAACCUGUCUCUGGACAAUUUAAAAAUCAUUAGCCUUUGAAAUUACAAACAUUGCAAAUUUUCUCAGAAUGGCUCACACUUCACUCAAAAUGUGCCAAAACCCUACACUGUACUUAACCAGGUGUCAAGACCCUGACCCCUGGCUAAAAGGUUGGGGAGAUCUUGUUCACAAACUUGCCAGCCACACCAAAUAAUUUAACACUGGAAGACAUCUGUCCAUGUGUGGAGGUGUAGUCCAGCCUCAGAGAUCUCUUGGCAAUUGGAUGACGAGCAGCACCAAGACCCAGAAGCAGUGGGUGGGCGUGGUGUUCACUCUUAGGACCACAGCAAGUCCUAACAAAGAGGAGCCCAGACUUAGAGGUAAGCCCAGAGUAAUUUUGAGGCCAGGUGGCAGAUGCCUUGAAGGGAAUGAGAACAGGGUUUGAAAGUCCAGGGAAGUGGGCGAGGAGAGAAUUAUGAACUUCGGGUGUUGGGUGAGGGGUUCUGUCGUGCCUUUAAUGGGCUCAAUGAUGGGGACCCACUAACUAGGUUCAGCUCCCUCCCAUCUUUGCCUCACACCAACCCACACAGUGCUGGGGAAUUCCAAUGUGGACACUACCCCUGUCACAGGUAAUAAAUGAGAGUGCCUUCCCCACCUCAUGAGUCCUCCAUGGUGAGUGGCUCUCCAAUAUCCAUUCCACCUUUCAUUAACUUUCACACAGGUCAGAGGCAAGCGGACAGAUGGUGCAAAAGCCAAACUGUGAAUUUUACAUACUACCCAACUUCAAAUUUUCCAAUAGGAAAGUGUAUAAUCUAAACCCUAACCUUGUGUUUAAAUAGACAUGCCAGUGCAAUUAUAACAGCAGAGCAAGACCAAUAUUGAGGAAAUUCCCAUCGAUAUUUCAGUUGCUCCCUAUUUACUUUGCUUUUGUAAAUUUCUAAACUGUGUUCUAAUGUUAAAGUAUCGACAUAGAUUUUUUAGUAACUGGGGACAAAAUGUCAGAUUAACAAAAAAAAUGAAGACAGUGUUCUUAUAAAGCAUUGUUAGGGAAUGAACAUUACUCUUCUUUAAGCAAAUCCUUAAUUUGCUGUUCUUUUUGUCAAAUUAAUAAUGCAGCAUUUCAGUUUUCCCUGUUCCUGAGAAUCUUUCCUGCUGUUUUAAUUCUUAAGUACUACAACAAAGAUGUAUAUUUGCUUGUAUUCAAGAUUUAACUUACUGUUUCUAACAUUACAAAAUGUGUGCACUGAAAUUAGCUUUAAAUGCUACUUAAUCUGUCCUGUUCAAUCCUUUCCAGAUGGGUGUAAUUCAUAGAUGGCUAGGUUAUAUGUAACAGGCCGCAUGCAAGGUCGAGUCUGAGAUAAUAAUGUUGAUUAAUCGAUGAUGUUCAGUUUUUUUGAUGAGAAGACAAGACUGAUGAUCCAGAAUGACAAUUAUAACUUCUCAAACACAGAAUUAUCCUAAAAGUUUACACCGAGUAUUCUGACUGUAGAAUGUGAAUGAAUCUCACAGACAAUUAACGGUCUGGGUGUGUGUUUUUUUAAGUGACUAGAAACUUGUCAAAGGUGAUUGAGUGAGAAUGGUUUUGUAGGAAACAGACACCGACCUAUGGACAAUCAUUAGCAAGCAAGUGUGUGGCAUCUUUAUUGUUUAUAUAAUCAAAUAGAAGAGGGGAAUAUAUAUCUUUGCUAAACUGUAUAAUAUUUGUUUAUUUUUCUUGUGUAAAUAAAAGUCAUUAUUGGUUCAA